AUGGUGGGCGCUCUUUGGAUCGACAGUGGCUCCGACAGCGACAGCGAUGCUGCAGCAACAGCUACACAUCGUCAAAUCGGCCGCACCUCCCAGCACGUUUGUGCGGUCGCGGGUCCAUCUCGUCUUGAUGCGUCACACCUGCGCAAGUCUCCUCGCCGUGCAACUAGAGCGCCUCCGUCCCCGUCAUCCUCCGUCAUUGCCUUGAGCUCUUCGCAAGAUCUCGAUCAACAUGCAGCUCAAGACAAGGGCAGAGCUUCUGCCACUUCAUCUAUGCAACCAACCCCGGGACAGCGUAUGAUGCAGUUGCUCGCUGAGCCUUCUCCGGACUCAUCGCUGCCUAGCUUUCGCGAUCUCCUUCAACAGCAUAGGUCACGCAGAAACGCUGCGACCUCGACGCAGGGUUCUGUACCCGGCGGUAAGCAUGGCUCGCCAUCUGCUGGAGCUGUUGCAUCCACUACGCAACUCGCGUCAGCAUCGCUUCGUGCAGGCUCGAUGAGACGCACCGCCUCUCAACCCAUCACAUCGAGCUCACAAGAGGAUCCGACUUCAUCUCUAUUCCGUGCAUCUGUCUGUCGACCUGCCAAACGGACAGUCACAAACCAACCAAUUCCAGAGGUGAUCGAGAUUGGCUCGGACUCGAUCGUUGACCCCGCAAGUGAAGCGGGGGUUGCGCUCGCCUUUCAGACUUCAUCGCCCAUUCGGUCGCAAUUCAGCGCUAGGAACCAACUGCCUUCCAGUCAGGCUUUGCUCGAUUCUCCGCCGUCUCGAGUCGCAGCUUUGCAAGACAGUACAGGCAUAGCUGAAAGCUCAGCACGAAAAGUGGGGCGGCAGACACUUCGAGCCGAUUCUGUGCCCAUCAUUAUUCUGUCUAGCAGCCCGCCGCCGCCGCCGUCACUACCGAGGACUAGCCAGGGCUCCUUAGCCAAUGCCAUCCAAGGCAUUGCCCAAGACGACUACGACAAUCAUUUUCCACCUUCCUCGUUCCUGUUUGACGAUCCGCCGCCCAGUCCGCCCUUUUCUUCUGUCGGUUCACGUCUAGAAGCUGUCGAGACUUCUCCAUCGCUCAAGAGGAGGGCAGCAGAGUUGGGCUCCAAGCCAACGACGCCGAAGCGUGCGAAGCCAAUGCAGCGGACGACUUCUCUCCUCGAAGCGCUCGACAACCUCUACGAUCCGGAAGACGGCGCCGCGCCAAGAGGGAAGCAUUCCAAAGUGUCAGCUGGUGGGGAGAGCGGCAAUACUGCUGCCGCUGGCAAUGCAAACACGGCGAACGUCUCGCCUUCCAAAGCUCAGAAAGCAGCUGCCGCUAAAGAUUUGCGCGAAGCCAAGGCGCGAGAACGCGAGGCUGCCAAAGCUGCCAAGGCACGAGUAGCGGCUGAAAAGAAGCGUUUCCUCGAGGCCAAUCGUCUGCGCACCUCCAAAACGGAUACGAUGCGCGAGCUUAUCAUCGAUCUUGACCGGAUGCUGUUCAGCGCUGGCCAGCCGUUUGCUGGUCAUCAAGACCCGAUUCAGGCGCGGUUCGAGGAAGAAGGGGCCAGCGUACACUUAUGCGAUGGAACGGUCGCUCCACCUUUGGUGCGGUUCCGAAGGAAAAUCAAGGCAGAAUGGAACGCGGAAAGGAGGCAUUGGGUGCCGCUCGACAGGGAAGAGGUCAGGAGAGAGGGUAUGGUGAUUGUGUACAUUGAAGCCAAGGAGAUCGUGCAGCUGGUCGCCGAGGGAGGCGAGGAUGGAUUGGAGAGCUGGUAUGGCGAUCUCAAACGGAGACUGGUGGCCAUGAAUGGUGGGAGAGAAGGAGAGGGUGAGCAGCAGGUGUUUCUGAUCUGUCAGGGCUUGGUAAAGUACUACAACCGACUUAGGGCCAACGAGAAUCGUGCGUAUACGGCACGCAUCCGACAGCAGCUCGCAGACAACCAACAACCUGCUGCUGAUUCCGCGGCCACUGCGGAUCAAGCGACGAGCGCGGCUUGCGAUUCGACUGCUGAGAUGGCUGCGGCUGCCAAAACAGCACGUCGGAAGGGCAACACUGUCACCGGCAAUAGCAGCAACGGCAACAGCAACGGUGUCAACGAUGCUCCGACGAACAGCACACCUCCAUCUCAAGCCGUAGUCGAACGCAGCCUGCUGCAGCUCAAGCUGAUCCACCGAUGCUAUGUCAUUCACGCCGCUUCUCUCGUCGAUGGCGUCGAAUGGGUGCACCAGCUCACAUCGGACCUCUCGCUCAAGCCGUACAAAUCUCUGCGCGACACGCAUCUCUCGUUCGCCGUCGAUACGGGCCGCAACACCACCUCGUCGUCGUCGGCGGCGAUCUACUCGAUGAUGCUCCAACAGAUCCCGCGUGUGACUCCGGCGAUCGCCAACAGCAUCACCACCAUCUACCCGUCGCUGAAUGCGCUCAUCAGUGCGUACCAGAGGUGCAAGGACGAAGGCGAGCAGAAGGCCAUGCUGAGCGGCGUGCAGGUGCAGAGCAACAAGGACGGCACGGAGCGGAGGGGCAACCGAAUGAAUUUGGGGCUGCAGUUGAGCAAGCGUGUUCAUGCGGUGGUGAGGGGCACAAACGCCGAGCUGCUCAUCAACAAUCCAACCAAGGACUGA